AUGUCAAGUCGACAACUCAAGAAGCUGCAGAAGCAAAAAGAGCUUCUAAAGCUGCAGGAGCUCGCCGGCAAUGACGACGAGUCCUCUGAGGAGGAGGUCGCGCCACCCAAACCUCGCGUCAGCGCCUUUGCCGGUUUUGCAGCGCUCGGAGGCAACGAUGACGACGACAGCGACGAGAAGGUCGACCAAGACGAGGAGGGGCAGGACAUGAAAGAGGAAGAGGAAGAGGAAAUUUCCCAGCCAACGCCGGCGAAGAAGAACAAGAAGCCCAAGAAGAAGAAGAAGGCAAAGAAGGCGGAGACCGCACAACCCGAGGAGAAAGAAAUCAAGCAGAAGGGCGGACUGGACGAGAUCGACCUCGCAUUGAAGGAGCUGAGCCUGAAGCCACAAGCACAGACUGCAGCAGCCCAGGAGACGCAUGCAAACUAUGAUGUGAACCUGGCACGCUUGCUGAGCAUAAACUUCGACCACUUGAAGGUCAUCAAGGAGCUGAGGGCGAUGUUCGGUCAGGAAACGAUUGACUCGGUACGCAGCCAGGAGGAGAGCCAGGCCCGGGACGACCGGCGCAGGAACCAACGGCGAGGCCAUAUCGAUGUCAACAUGGAGAUGUACCUGAAGGGAAAGCCGGGUGAGAAGAUACCCGAUGUGGUCCUGAGGAAAAACCCAUUCAUGCAGGGAAAGGACUUCUGGCCCCGGGCAUCAGCAGGCGGGCUCAAGAUGCAGGCCGUCACGGACGAGAGGGUGGAGCCGACGGAAUACAGAUUCACACACGACCGGAGCUACGGCCUGCUGGAGAUGCAAUUCUACAGCCUGGUUGACAUGAUGGACCCGAUGCGGAUUGUCCACUUCGUACACGACAACCCAUACCACGUCAACUCGCUCAUCACGACGAACAAGGUGGCGAUCAGAGAUUCGAACGCGGCUCUUGCGGCGGAUCUCCUCGAGCGGGCUUUGUUUACGUUUGGGCGUGUCACCCUGUCGUCGUUCAGGAAGAAGCUGGAGAGAGGAGUAGCCCGUCUCGACUUCAGGCGGCCGGAGAAUAGGCAAUUUUGGCUGGCUGGUUACCACUACAUUAAGAGCCUGAUGCAGAAGGGGACCUACAACACUGCCCUGGAAUGGACGAAACUCUUUCUCAGCCUCUCGCCAAAUGACGAGUAUGGCAUGUUGAACUUCACGCACGUGCUUGCGGUCUACGCUUACGAGUCCGAAUGGUUCAUCGAGCUCUGCAAUUCCUCGUACUUCAACAGCGAUGAGUACGACCUGCCGAUGAAGGAGUACUACAGGCAGAGCUGCGUCCUCGCGAAGCUCCUGAUCAACGACCGGGAGGGCGCGCUCAAGGAUCUCGUCCACGGCAUGGAGACGCUGCCGUGGCUAUACUCGUCCCUGUGCAGCGCAGUCAACAUCGACACACCGCGGGCGAUCUGGGGCGUGCAGCCGCGCAACGAUGACGACGCGCUCUACACGGAGCUUUACAUCCACAUGGCCAAGGAUCUAUGGAAGAAGGAGCGCGACGCGAUCCCACUGCUCAAGGAAGCGGGGGCGCUGGCGACCAAGCCCGACGUGGGCUCGCUGCCACCGGCGCGCGAGGUGCCGCAGAGCAUCGGCCGCUUCAUCUACCUCGACAACACGCCCGAGCUGAUGGGGCUCGUGCCGCCCAGCAUGCUGCACGCGUCGCCCAACUUCGACUACGACCCGCUGCCGCCGCCCAAGGAGGAGAACGUCUUCUCCAACGAGUGGCAGGAGUAUCCGUGGAGCCGGGCGGAGCACCCGGAGCGGUACCAGGCGGGCGGGAUCGAGAACCUGAUGCGCGAGGCGCAGAGAGCGCUGCAGCAGCAGCGGGCGGCACAAGGGCUGCCCGCGGAAGUGGAGGGCGGCGAAGGCGGGUUGGGCGGCGAGGGCGGCGAGGCCAUCGGAACGGAGGAACAGGGGCUGCUGGGUCGGCUGGCCAACCUGCUGCUGCCGGUAUGGAUGGCGCGGGGCGGGCAGGCUCAGGUGGACGAGGAGACGGUGGAGGACAUGAUGAGGGAGCUGGCUGGCGAGGACGGAAAUCCGUGGGCGGACUGGCCAGAGGAAGAUGACGAGGAGGGUGAGAUGCCCGACUUGAUUCCUGGUGCUUUUCCCGAGGACUCGCCUGAGGUUCGUCCACGUCUCGGCCGAGGGCGACAAGACCAAGACGAUGAUUCAGAUGACGAUGACGUACCGCCUUUGGAGCGGCCAGAGAGGGGCCAUAACUAA